AGGGCUUUGCGCGUGAGCUUCACCUUAUCGUCCAUCCCCUUCGACCGGUCGUUCGCCAUGGAUCCCUCAUUUGUGCAGAACCUGCACGAUCUUUUGGUGCAAUCGACCGCGAAUGAUACCGUCCAGCUCAAGGCGGCCACUGCCCAGCUCAACCAGCAGUAUUACAAAAAUCCAGCAUGUAUACCGGCCCUAGCCAGCAUUAUUGCCAGUUCGCCGCAGGAAGCGGUCCGUCAGCUGGCUGGCGUCGAGAUGCGCAAGCGCGUGCUAAAUAACAGCGGCUCUCUGUGGAUCGAGGUCCCGCAAGAUCAGCGGGAUCAAAUCAAGCAGCAGCUGCCCGACUUGACGCUCUCAGAGUCUAGCAAAAUCGUCCGUCACUCCACCGCCCGCGUCGUUGCUGCCAUUGCCACCAUCGAAGUCCCCCUCGGCACAUGGCCGCAGCUCCUCCCCUUCCUCCACCAGACCGCUACCUCAGUUCAGGUCGCUCAUCGUGAAGUCGGGAUCUACGUCCUCUACACUGUCCUCGAGAACAUCAUCGAGGCCUUCUCCAACGAGCUGCAGUCCCUCUUCAAGCUCUUUGAAAGCCUGCUGAACGACCCCGAGAGCGAGGAGGUCAGGAUUACGACAGUGCGGUGUUUGGGCGUCAUUGCGCAGUAUAUUGACUCGGAUGACAAGAAGGACAUCCAAGCCUUCCGGGCGCUCCUCCCUGCUAUGAUCAACAUCAUUGGUCAAUGCGUAGAGAGGGGGAACGAAGCGGGAGCAAGGCAGCUCUUUGACGUUCUCGAGACGCUACUCAUUUUGGAAAUCCCCAUCCUCGCGAACCACAUUCCCCAACUCGCGCAAUUCCUCCUCCAGUGCGGCGGCAACACCAACUACGACCCAGACCUGCGCAUCCUCGCGCUGAACGCGCUGAACUGGACCGUUGAGUACAAAAAAUCAAAGAUCCAGAGCAACGACCUCGCGCCGGUUAUCCUGCAGGGCCUCAUGCCGAUCGCGUGCGAGCCUGAGCCGGAGGAUGUGGACGACGAGGCGCCGUCCCGGUCCGCCCUGCGCGCGAUCGACACGCUCGCGACGCAACUGCCCCCAAGCCAGGUCUUCCCCGCGCUGCGCCAGCUCAUCCAGCAGUACUUCUCCUCGCCGGACGCGAACAGCCGGCGCGGGGCGAUGCUCGCGCUGGGCGUCGCCGUCGAGGGCUGCUCGGAGUUCAUGACGCCGCUGAUGGACCACAUCUGGCCGUUCGUCGAGGCGGGGCUGAAGGACCCCGACGCGAGCGUGCGCAAGGCGAGCUGUGUGGCUGUGAGCUGCUUGUGUGAGUGGCUGGAGGAGGAGUGUGCGGCGAAGCAUGCGGUGCUCGUGCCGACGAUUAUGCAGCUGGUGAACGACCCGGCGACGCAGCGCUCGGCGUGCACGGCGCUGGAUGCGCUGCUCGAGAUCAUGCACGACUCGAUCGACCAGUACCUGGGCCUGAUCAUGGAGCGCCUCGCGGUGCUCCUCGACUCGGCGCCGCUGCCCGUCAAGGCAGUAGUGACUGGCGCGAUUGGCUCCGCGGCGCACGCGUCGAAGGAGAAGUUCCUGCCGUAUUUUGUACCGACGAUGGACAGGAUAAAGCACUUCCUCCUGCUCACGGGCGAGGGCGAGGAGACGGAGCUGCGCGGGAUCACGAUGGACGCGAUCGGGACGUUCGCGGAGGCGGUGGGGAAGGAGACAUUCCGCCCGUACUUCCCGGAUAUGAUGAAGCAGGCUUUCCAGGGGCUCGAGAUGGGCAGCGCGAGGUUGCGGGAGUGUAGUUUCUUGUUCUUUGGGGUGAUGGCGCGGGUGUUUGGGGAGGAGUUUGCGCCGUACCUCCCGAGCGUGGUCCCCGCGCUUGUGGCGAGCUGUCAGCAGGCGGAGCAGGGGUCCGAGCCGUUGUCGCUGACGACGGCGGAGGCCGCGGCGGCGUUCGGCACUGGCACGUCGCCCGCGAACGCGAUCGUGAUCCAGGACGGCGCGGAGGGCACGACGAUCGACAUCGAGGACCUCGACGCGGACGUGGACAAGAUGCUCGACGUGAACAGCGCGAUCGCGGUCGAGAAGGAGAUCGCGGCUGACACGAUCGGCGCGCUCUUCGCGUCGACGCGGAAUCAUUUCCUGCCUUAUGUCGAGCAGACGACGUUGGAGUUGGUGGGCCUGCUGACGCAUUAUUAUGAGGGGAUUAGGAAGAGCGCGACGGAGAGUUUGUUGGAGAUUGUGAGGGUGUUCCAUGAGCUGAGUGGGAGUGGGCCGUGGACGCCCGGGAUGGCGUCGGUGAACGCGCCGUAUUUGGACGCGAAUGUGAAGCAGCUGAUUGGGCAUGUGCUGCCGCCGCUGUUGGACAUGUACGAGUCGGAGGAUAACAAGAGCGUCGUGUCUGCACUGUGCGUCGGUCUUGCGGAGACGAUUAACGAAGUCGGCCCCGCGUUCCUAGCAGAUCACUUGGAGGACAUCAGCAACAUGGCGAUCCAGGUGCUGGAGCAGAAGGCGCUGUGCCAGCAGGACCCCGACCAGGACGAGGACGAGGAGGCGCCGGAGGACCAGGCGGAGUACGACUCGGUUUUGAUCUCGGCGGCUGGCGACCUGGUGUCGUCGCUUGCGAAUGUUUUGGGCGCCGACUUUGCCCCGGCGUUCACGCGGUUCUUCCCGUUGAUUUCGAAGUACUAUAAGAAGAACAGGUCGCUCAGUGAUCGGUCGUCAGCUAUCGGGUGCUUGGCGGAGAUCAUUGGGGGAAUGAAGGGCGCCGUGCGGGAGUGGACGGAGCCGCUCAUGGAGUUGUUCUACAAGGCACUAAGCGACGACGAGGCGGAGGUCCAGAGCAACGCCGCGUUCGCGGCCGGGCUGCUCGUCGAGCACUCGGACGUGGACCUGUCGCCGCAGUACCUGCAGAUCCUCGCGCAGCUGCACCCGCUGUUCGUCGUCGCCCCCGACGCGCCCGGACCGCGGUUCAAUGCGCGGGACAACGCGGCGGGCGCGGUCGCGCGGAUGAUCGUGAAGAACACGGGGGCGCUGCCGCUGGACCAGGUGCUGCCGAUCUUCAUCGAGGCGCUGCCGCUGAAGAACGACACGCUGGAGAACCGGCCGGUGUUCCGCGCGAUCCUGCACCUGUUCAAGACGAAUCCGCAGGUGCUGCAUCCGUACAUGGACAAGCUGCUGGCGGUGUUUGCGUACGUGCUGGACCCGAGCCGGACGGAGCAGGUGCAGGAGGACACGCGGGCGGAGCUGAUCCAGCUCGUCGGGGCGCUCAGCAAGGAGGACCCCGCAAAAGUGCAGGCGGCUGGCCUGACGCCGUUUGUGGUUGGGUAGAGUGCGUGUACAGUGUCAAGAUUGUUUUUUUUUUCUUCUUGGUUUGUGCUGUUUGUUGCUGCUGCAUAAUGUCUCUCCCUCUUGUGUUGACCGUUUCAUUCAUUCCUCAUUGCAUACCGGAGUCAGGUUACGAUAUCAUGGUUUGUUGUCGAGUACUGCUUUGUCUACGCACGCGUUGCGGUUACGAGUAACGAAAUGAAAUAGAAUGUACCGCCAG